ACUGCAUCAGACUGGAGACACACACACACACACACACACACACACACACAUACGCCGGGGGGACAUAAUAGAGCAGAUAUAUUCAGUCUUUGAUGGUUCCCCCCACCACCACCACCACCACCAUCUCCUCUCUGUUCCUUUUUCCUGCACAAKCGUCAGGAUGCUGAUUCCGGUCGGAGCAUCAUCAUGGAGAAACACAUGAAGAAAAAGCCCUCAGCUCCAUUUUUCCCCCUUCUUCUCUCUAGCAGCUCAACAAUAACGACAUAAUGUGGCUCGCUGUGCCGGAGGGAAAAUAACCAAAUAUGUGGAUACCCACAGAAGAGGAGAAAAUCGGAGUUGUGACCUGCAACUUUCGGUCACCAAUAUGUCAGGCGCUGGUCCUGGAGAUGGGGGAAACGGUACAGAUUCUGGAGAAAUGUGAAGGUUGGUACAGAGGCUUUUCCACCAAGAAACCAUCUGUUAAGGGGAUUUUCCCAAUCAGCUAUAUCCACUUGAAGAAGUCCACAGUGACAAACAGAGGGUUGUGUGAGACAGUGGUGCCCCUGGAGGACCCUAUCAUCACAGAGACCACCUCCACACUGCAGGAAUGGGGCGUCCUGUGGAAGCAGCUCUACGUGAAACACAAGGUGGAUCUGUUCCACAAGCUUCGUCAUGUGAUGAAUGAGCUCAUCGACCUGCGCCGGCAGCUAAUCCAAGGCCACCUCUCUCAGGACCAGACUCGCGAGAUCAAGCGGCACAUCACCGUUCGCCUCGACUGGGGCAAUGAGCACCUCGGCCUGGACCUUGUUCCCAGAAAAGAGUUUGAAAUGGUGGAUCCAGAUCAGAUCAGCGUGUCGGAGCUGUACAAACUGCACGUAUCCAGCAGACACUGUGGCCAGCAAAGCACAAACCAGGGCGAUAGCCUCAGACAGCGCCAUGGCGAUGGCUGCCGUGUCCCUGUGUCGCACCACCUCUUCAUCAAUCUGAAGAGCUUUACUUACAACAGCAUCAGCGAAGAUGCAGACGUCUUCUUCUCUCUGUACGACACACGCGAGGCCAAACAGAUCAGUGAGAAGUUCCUGGUGAAACUGAACAAAAAUGGAGGACCAAAGAAUCCAGAGAAGGUUGAUCGUCUGUGUGCUCUCUUUACGGACCUAAGCAGUAAAGACUUGAAGAGAGACCUGUACAUUGUUGCACACGUCAUAAGAACAGGUCGCAUGCUGCUGAACGACUCAAAGAAAGGCCCUCCUCACGUUCAGUACAGACGGCCUUAUGGCUGCGCCGUGCUGGCCAUGAGCGAUGUUUUCCACACCAUCACAGACCUCAAGGAAGAGAAGGACUUUGUGCUCAAAGUUUACACAUGUAACAAUGAGAACGAGUGGUACCAGGUACACGAGAACAUCAUUCGCAAGUCCAACACCAAGUACUCAGCCCCAAGCACCAACUACGGCCUCAUCAUUUCUCUGCAGCUGCUGCGAGGAGAGCUGGAGCACAUCAGACGGGAGAACCAGGCUGUGUUCAACAGGGCCUUGGCGCUCACACGCAAGCUGGGUUUCCCAGAUGUCAUCCUGCCAGGUGACACACGGAAUGACCUGUACCUGACCUUGGAGCGCGGGGAGUUUGAGAGAGGUGGCAAGAGUGUCCAGAAGAACAUCGAAGUCACGCUCUAUGUGCUGUACGCCGACGGGGAUACACUCAAAGACUGCAUCAGUUUGGGCACUGGCGAGCCAAAUGCCUCUGAGUAUCGCUCGUUCGUCCUGUAUCACAACAACGGCCCUCGCUGGAGCGAGAUGGUCAAGCUGCCCAUUCCCAUAGAUCGUUUCAGAGGGUCCCAUCUCCGCUUUGAGUUCCGACACUGRUCCACUAAAGACAAAGGGGAGAAGAAACUUUUUGGGUUUGCUUUCACUCCCCUGAUGAGAGAGGAUGGGACCACGCUGUCGGAUGAGAUCCACGAAUUAUAUGUGUACAAGUGUGAUGAAAACGCKACCUUCAGUAACCAGGGUCUGUACCUGAGCCUUCCCUGCUGUAAAGAGGACUUCAACAGCUGCCCCAACCUGCCAGCCAACCUGCCUUUCCAGAGAAGCCCCAAAGAAACCUUCUGGGUCUCUACAAUACUCUGCUCCACCAAACUCACUCAGAAUGUCGAUCUUCUGGCUCUUCUGAACUGGAAGGCCCAUCCYGACCGGGUGCUGGACAUCCUCGGUCGACUUCGCCAAAUCAGUGGAGAGGAGAUUGUAAAAUUCCUGAGAGACGUCCUGGAUACGCUUUUCUGUCUCUUAGAUGACAACACCGAUAAAUAUGGACCGCUGGUUUUCCAGUCUUUGGUGUUCAUCAUUAACCUGCUCAGGGACAGCCGCUUCUACCACUUCAGACCCGUCAUGGACGCCUACAUCCAGAACCACUUUGCUGGCGCCUUGGCGUACAAAGAACUGAUUCGAUGUUUGAAGUGGUACAUGGACCGCUCAGCRGAGGUCGUCCGACAGGAUCACAUACAAGAAGCCAUGAGGGCUUUGGAGUACCUGUUCAAGUUCAUUGUGCAGUCUCGAAUCCUGUAUGCAAGAGCCACCUGUGGGAUGGAGGAGGAGCCGUUCAGAGCCAGCAUCCAGGAGCUGUUCCAGUCCAUCCGCUUCGUCCUGAGCCUGGACAGCCGCAGCUCUGAAAAUCUGGUCUUCACACAGGCAGCGCUGUUGAACAGUUUCCCUGAUAUCUUUGAUGAGCUGCUGCAGAUGUUCACCGUUCAGGAGGUGGCUGAAUAUGUCAGGGGCACCCUGGGGAGCAUGCCCAGCACGGUGGACAUCGGUCAGUCCAUGGAUGUGGUGAAACUGCAGUCCAUCGCUCGCACGGUUGAGAGCCGCCUCUUUUUCUUCCCCGAGUCCCGUAGUAUACUGCUGCCGGUCGUUCUGCAUCAUAUCCAUCUGCAUCUGCGCCAGCAGAGGGAGCUGCUCAUUUGUUCUGGGAUCCUGGGAAGCAUCUUUUCGAUAAUCAAAACAAGCUCCAUGGAGUCUUCUGUUCAGGAGGAGGUGGAAAUGAUGGUGGAGAGCUUACUGGAUGUGCUGCUGCAGACUCUGCUGUCCAUCAUGAGCAAAUCUCAUUCUGUGGAGACGUCCAGAGGACAGCGCUGUCCUCAGUGCACCGCAGAGAUAACGGGGGAGUAUGUUUCCUGCCUUCUCUCUCUGCUCCGGCAGAUGACYGAGAUUCACUUUCACCAUCUGCUCAACAGCUUCCACAGCAAGGAGGAACUAAAGGAGUUCCUGCUGAAGAUUUUCUGCGUAUUUCGCAACCUAAUGAAGCUGACCAUCUUCCCCCGGGACUGGAGCGUGAUGCGGCUGCUGACUAGUCAUAUCAUUGUGGUGACGACGCAGUUUCUGUCACCGGCACUGCACAAGAACUUCUCUGAGGGAGACUUUGAUUUUAAGGUGUGGAAUUCCUUCUUUAGCCUCACAGUUCUGUACAUCAAUCAGCCCAGUCUGCAGCUCGAAUCACUUCCUCCCGCGAAGAGAAAGAAAACUCUGGACAAGUAUGGUGACUUGAGGGUAAUCAUGGCGUAUGAGCUCUUCAGCAUGUGGCAAAAAUUAGGAGACAACAAGCCCCACUUCAUCCCAGGAAUGAUGGGUCCCUUCCUCGGCGUCACUUUGGUGCCUCAGACUGAAGUUCGGAAUAUCAUGAUCCCGAUCUUUCAUGACAUGAUGGACUGGGAGCAAAGGAAAAAUGGCAAUUUCAAACAGGUCGAGGCAGAGCUGAUGGAUAAGCUGGAGAGCAUGGUGUCGGACGGUAAAGGAGARGAUAACCACAGAGAACUGUUCAGCCUUCUGUAAGCAUCAAAUGUGUUUAUUGAGAUUAAUACUCAAAAUGUGAUCCACUAUAUCUAAAUGAG